CCACGCCCAGGAUCUCUCAUUCUUAACCCCAACAAAGAAAGAAAAAUGCUUCUCAGAAGCGCUUCCUCACCAAUCUUAAAAUCAUCUACUAGUAGUAGUAUUUUCCAACCGUUUCCGGAAUCGGAUGAGGUUCUCCGGAUCUCAACCUCUCGAUCCCUGUCCUUGUGUCUCUCGUCCAGUUCUUCAUCUUCUCCUAUCGACAACAACCGGGCGAUGAAGAUAUCUAGAACGAUGCCGGACAGCAAUCUAAGGCCCAGGAGCCUUUCUCUAGCGAAGAGGACAAAGAUUAACCUCUGUGCGGGACUUUGUUCGGGAACGGCGUCGUCGAGGAGUUCGGUUGGGUUGGAUAAAGGGUGUCUUUUUGGUUGUGGUGGUACUGUUGGGCGUGGCGGUAGUGCAGAUGGCAACGAAGGUAAUGGGAAUUGGGAUAAUGGGAGUGAGAAGAUGGAUGAGUAUUACCAGCAAAUGAUCAUGGCGUACCCUGGUGACGCUCUUCUUCUCGGAAACUAUGCCAGUUUCUUAAAAGAGGUAAAGCCAACCGUCAAUCUACGAAACUAUGCGUUGAAAAGUGCAUGCAUUUGUUAUUCUGAUCAAUGGAGAGGUUUUGGGUGGGUUCAGGUGCGAGGUGAUUUUGUGAAAGCAGAAGAGUACUGUGAAAAAGCAAUUUUGGCUGACCCCGGUAAUGAGAAUGUUCUGUGUCUCUACGGGGACUUGAUUUGGCAUAAACACAAGGAUGCUCCUCGUGCUCAGUCCUAUUUUGAUAGAGCCAUUCACUCUUCCCCUAAUGACUGUUACGUUCUUGGUUCCUACGCUAAAUAUCUUUGGGACGCUAAUGAAGAUGAUGGUUCGCAGGCAGUACCCUAGAAUCUACAUCCCAGAUUAAUGUUUCCCGAGGGUGUUCUCCCAGACCAAUGUCAAAUAUGAAGGUUGCAUCUUUUCCAGCCUUAUUUUCUCUUCAUUUUUUUAAGGAUCUCUCUUGCCCGAAUUUUGUUCAAUACAUUGGUUGAGUGCUUUUGGACCUUUUGUUACAAUAUGCAGGAAAUUGCUUGUCCUGUUAACGGAUCCAUCUCUAAAUAUCCGUACCAUCUUUGUGAUGGUUAUCACUCUUCCUUGGUGCUACAGAUAUUCUCGAACUCAGAUUUGUCCUUGUCCUAUGAUGAUGCCUUGUCUCAUCCUAAUCCUUGCCAAUGCAUUUGAUAUUCUUGCCUUCCGAUGUUGCCUCUAUUGCUUGGUUGCGUCUUUCUUGUAUACACUUACUUUAAUAGUCGAUACCCUCUUCCUUGCUCGAGUGUUGACAAAGAUUCUGACUUUUCAUGCGAUCGCUUUGCAUUCACUCUCAGCAUUUACUUGAUAUAUGUCGUCAUACACAUGGGAGAAGAAAAUGGGAUUCAGCUUGGGUAGACGUGUCCCUAUCCCAACGGUCCAGUCUUCAAUCCAAACCCAAAAACACAAAAGAGUCACAGAGAGUGCCCUCGCGCAAACCUCCGCCUAAGUCCCGCCGGUAGCACUAUUGGAGAUCCUUUACUCACACAGAGUAAAAAACCAUUAUUUAUAAGUGGUCUGAACUUCAUUCUGCUCUUAAAACAUUCUAGAAAAACUCGAGUUCAUACUGUCAUCAAGAUCCCC